AUGUCUUCGGCGGAUCUCUUAAGUCUCCCACUAGAGCUCCGCGAUGUGAUCUAUGGCUACCUCCAGGAAGAUAUGACUGUGCCCUUGCGAUGGGACGAUCACUGCGAAGGUAAAGACACCGCACCAUUCUACCUGGCCGACGUCGACAUCAAGAAUGCGCCUUACAGCCCCAUCGCCCUCGUGAACCACCAGCUGCGUGACGAGUACCUACACAACUCCAACACCAACGUCGCGGCCUCAUUAACCCUGAAAAUGAGCGUCGAUAUCUUCACACAUAGGACCAAUUGCACCGUCGAAGACGCCAUGCCGCGCCCCCCAGCAUUCGCAUUCAUCCGCGAAGCCACCAUCUUCAUCUACGUGAACAGCUAUCUCUCGAACGACCGCCCCUUUCCAAUCGUCUGGGACCCAAUCACACAUCUUUUCAAAGGACUCGUCGAAGCUGCGCCGAAGUUGCAUACUAUCCGCCUCGUCGCGCACCAGUACCGUUACAAACUGGUUGCACACGACGAAUUGGACGGACCGGCCUUCUCUCAGGUAUUCGGCGCAGCAACGCGGGAAGAAUUCUUCAACGCCGGUCCCACGCAUAUACACGGCAUGGCAGCGAAGAAGCGCGCAGAAGGGUAUAGAUUGGAUUACGGGACGAUUGAGAAUUGGGCUGUGGUGGAGCAGAGGCGGUUCAUGCAUCGGGUGGAGAAGAUUGGGGUUUAUUUGUAUGUAAGGGGAGGAGAGGGGGAUGGUGGUGAUUGCUUGACGGAUGAGAUUUUGAAGGAGUCUGGGAUGGAGAGGGUGGCGGAGUAUGGGGAUGAGGCGCUUCAGAUGGUGGAUGCUGCGGAGAGGGAGGUGGUGAGGAGGUGGACGGGAGAGAUGAAGGAGGUUAGGGAGUGGGGAGAGGAAGAGGUGAGGAUGGAGGAUGUGGAUUAA